CAGAAGCUUUGCAGAGCCCGCUAAAUAUAGCGGACCGAAAAGCUCCUUAGAGGAGAACCCUCUUAUGAACUCUCUUUCCGUGAACAGCGCCCGCGAAUAGAGCCUGCAAAGAGACUUAGGAGCAAAUCCCUCCUGAAGUGUUUAAUUUUAAACGAGUAAUCACCUGAGUGUGAGUGCCGUCUUGGUCUCCGGGUGAGUUCGGGAGGCUCAUUCGUUGGCCGGGACAGGGAGCGAGUCACACACGCGAAAACGAAAAACCCGCUCGCACACGCACCCAGCUGCCCAGGGGAGAACAGCUCAAGUAGCAGGACAGCAGAAGGAACCCGCAAAAAAAAAAAAAAAAAAAAAACCCAGAAAGCCUGCGACCAUGUGCGACAUAGGGGGUCUCGACAACCUGGUGGCCAACACGGCGUACCUGAAGGCCCAGGGGGGCGACGACAAGGAGAUGAGGAAGAGGCGACGGAGCCUGUCCCUGCCCCAGAGCGCCCAGUGCGCCGCCAUCCGCACCAAGGUGGAGCCCAACUUCGAGUCACUCUGCGAGCAGCAGCCCAUCGGCAAGAGGUUCUUCCGCCAGUUCGUGGCCGCCAACCCCACCUACGCGCUGGCCGCCGACUUCCUGGACGAGCUGCUGAACUGGGAGCUGGCCGAGGGCGCCGCCAAGGACAAGACCCGGCAGAACAUCGUCAACCGCUUCUGCAAGGCCGACUCCAAGACCUUCCUGUCCUUCCUGACCGGCGAGCCGGCCGAGAAGUGCAAGGCGGUGACGGACCGGGACUUCCAGGAGGUGAUGACGGGCAAGGUGCGGGACGCCACCAGGGAGUACCUGAAGGGGAAGCCCUUCCAGGAUUACCAGGCCAGCCCCUUCUUCGACAAGUUCCUCCAGUGGAAGCAGUUCGAGAGGCAGCCCAUCAACGACAAGUACUUCUACGAGUUCAGGACGCUCGGAAAAGGGGGGUUCGGAGAGGUGUGUGCUGUCCAGGUAAAGAACACGGGACAGAUGUACGCCUGCAAGAAGCUGGAAAAGAAGCGACUGAAGAAGAAGAGCGGACAGAAGAUGGCCCUGCUGGAGAAGCAGAUCCUGGAGAAGGUCAACAGCCCCUUCAUCGUCAGCCUGGCGUACGCCUUCGAGAGCAAGACCCACCUGUGCCUGUGCAUGACGCUGAUGAACGGCGGCGACCUCCGCUACCACAUCUACAACAUCGGGGAGAAGGGCAUCGAGAUGAAGCGCAUCGUCUACUACACGGCGCAGAUCACCACCGGCAUCCUGCAGCUGCACGCCAUGGACAUCGUCUACCGCGACAUGAAGCCCGAGAACGUGCUGCUGGACAGCCUGGGCCAGUGCCGGCUGUCCGACCUGGGGCUGGCCGUGGAGCUGCCCAAUGGCAAGACCACCACCCAGAGGGCGGGGACGGGUGCGUACAUGGCUCCAGAGAUCCUGAAGGAAACCCCGUACCGCUCCUCGGUGGACUGGUGGGCGCUGGGCUGCAGCAUCUACGAGAUGGUGGCCGCCUACACGCCCUUCAAGGGGCCCGACGCCAAGAAGGACAAGGUGGCCAAGGAGGAGGUGCAGAGGCGCAUCUGCGAGGACGAGGUCAAGUUCGACCACAAGAACUUCGACGCGGCCACCAAGGACAUCAUCAACCAGUUCCUCAAGAAGAACAUCAACGAGCGCCUGGGCUGCAAGGGCGACGACCCCCGGAAGCACGAGUGGUUCAAGUCCAUCAACUUUGCCCGCCUGGAGGCGGGGCUCAUCGACCCCCCGUGGGUGCCCAAGGCCAACGUGGUCUACGCCAAGGACACGGACGACAUCGCCGAGUUCUCCGACAUCAAGGGCAUCGAGCUGGACGCCAAGGACGAGAAGUUCCACAAGGACUUCAGCACGGGCGCCGUUUCCAUCCCCUGGCAGCAGGAGAUGAUCGAGACGGGACUCUUCGACGAGCUCAACGACCCCAACCGGAAGGAGUCCGCCGCCGGGCUGGACGACGACAAGAAGUCCAGCACCUGCAUCAUGCUGUGAAGGACUGACAAAACCCCCUCCGGUCCCGUCCCUCCAAGGUGCAAGGUCAGAAACGUGCGGUCGGAGCGUUCUUAACCGAACCGAACCGCUGAUGUCACAAUCGCUGCCGGCAACUGAAAGAAAACGAAGGAGUUCUAGAACACCGACUUUAGAAUUUUGAAAAAAAAGAAGAAAAAAAAACAGAAAACAUUCCAAAAGACCUACUCUGCAAAAGGGUUAAUGAUGUAUAAUUCUUAAAUGGGAGAAACGCAAAAGAAGGCUGUGGCAACCCCUGGUUAGAGAGAUGGGGGGGGGGGUGUCGUGUUGCUUGGGAACCACAGCCCCCAACGUGCAGCAAGGCAGUCUGAACGAUGGCGUGUGCGCACUAUCCCGGACACCGCGGCUGCAGUGGAAGCCUCCCACCAGCAGGUUCCGCUAGCCAACCGAUCGUUUCCCCAUAAAGAGAAAAUAAGGGUGUAUUAGCACGUUCAGUCCUCCCGGGCUCUGUUUGAUUGUAGUGUACAGAAAAGCUUUAGUGCAGGUGGCGUUCCUCCCAGACGCUGGCAUUCUCAGGUGCUCGCACAAGACCAGCGUUGAUUGGCUCUCCUCUUCACAUAAAAAGAGGAGUGUGAACUAGGUUUCUUUUCAUUUGUUUGUUUGUUUGUUUGUUUGUAUUGUGUUCUAGCUUUAAUCUCACAAAAUACUACCAGCAUACUGCAGGAGAACAUAUUUCCAGUUAAAUCAAUUUCUAUAUUUUUUUGAAUCAUAAAGGUUCCACAGCUAUUUUUUUUUUCUACAAAAGUGCAAUGAAAUGUAUCCAUAUCCUGUUUACUACAUUGACAUGUGCUUUGUUCUGAGCUAGACUGGAAUUAUAUCGGCAAUCUUGAACUUUACUUAAAUAGUCUCUGGGUUAUACCCUCUGGGUCCACAGGUUGCGCUCAUCCAACAGAUGGUUUUACUUUUAUAAAUAUGUAAAUGUAUGUAUCAAUUUGUAAAAGCAACAAAAAAAAAACCUGAUAGAUGGGGCUAAUUCGUACUGAGAAGGUUAUUUUUCUUUCUCUACUCUGUCUUCUUGUUUAUUUUGUUGCUUCGUAAGCCCCAAAGUAAUGGAUGGGCCCUUGCAUUUGGAAUCAAAAAUGUGUGUCAGGGCAUCGGGGGUUAGAACUGCCGUCAAAGACUAGGAGAUGAACAUGGCGGCAGUUUGAACCAGAGAUUCAGGCAGACAUUUUGGAGAAGUGGCACUCAAAAUGCCGAUUUGUUGCAAGAGACGCCGCCGUUGUACUCUCGAAAAAAGGUACAUCACCUUUUAUACCCUUGAGAAAGGUGCAGCCCCACCAUUCGUCCAGUACUCCAGCUGUUUCAGAGUAUAAAAUAUUAAAUUAUAAACAUUGUUGUUUUAUUGGAUAAGUAACUUUUCAUAAGUAACUGUUUUUUUUUUUGGGGGGGGGGGGGCUGAGUUAGGUAUAUUUGUUACACUGCACGAUAUUAAGUGAUACACUGCAAAUUAUUAUAGUUUGCAGUGUUUGCAGAGUAAAUAACCUGUGGGUGUGUCUGUGUGCUGGCUGUAGGAAGGUCGCUCAUUCACAAUGGACUGACUUGCUCAAAACAUGAAUUCAUCAGAACCAAUAAAAUAUUAAAUAUUUCUUUUAAAAAA